CGCCUGGACACGUGAGCUGAGGCGCCGGUUGACGCUGGGCGCGGGCGGGUUCCGCUUCCGGCGGUUUGGAAAGCGGGAAAUGGCGGCAAGCCCGGCCCGGCCAGGAGCGAUGGAGGCGGCGAAGGGGCUGGAGCCGCCGCCCCCGCCCCUCCGGGAAACGCGCGUCCGCUGCUGCUCGAAGCGCUGGGUGGGCGAGGUGCUGGGGCUGUGCGCCCCCUACGUGCGGGCGCUGGCCGACGGGCAGCCCGGCGAGCUCGGGGCCGAGAGCCGGGAGCGGGCGCUGCGGGACGCGCUGUGGAACUUUGAAACAGCAGUUCAAGAGAAUAUUACCAUUAAUGGACACCCAUGGCAGGAAACUUCAGAUGAAGCUGAGCUUCAGAAUGGUUCUGACAUCAAAAUCCUCGAGGAUCAGUUUGAUGAACUUAUAGUAGAGACAGCUACGAAGCGUAAGCAAUGUCCGAGAAAGAUAUUAGUACAUGUAAUCAAAACCAUGAAAGCCGAGCAAGAAAUGUUGAAGCUCUACCAGCCUGUUGUAAAGCAAAAAGAGAUAAAGCCUGAGCCCUCUCAAGCUUCUCACAUGACAAAUCUUAGGCAGGUAACAGGGGUCACAUCCAAGCAGAUUAGUGAAGCAAUGAAGUCCCUACCAGCAUUGAUAGAAAGAGCAGAGGGAUUUUCCCAAGCGUUAACUUUGCAGCCCAUCUUAGAACUAUGCAAGCUUCGCCAAGAAGUCUUUGCUGGCUGUAAGGCUAAGGAAGAAAAUAAAAUCCAAAGCUUUCUAACACAAGUGGAAGUCACACCAGCAGAGACUGCUGCUAGUAAAAAUUCUAAUGCUAUCCUGAAAAGAAAGAGAACCACAGAUUCACCACAGAUGAAAUACUACCCGCUGCGACGAAGAAUUACGUUGAAUACAUGAAAGUUUUUCUUACUCUUACUUUCAAACUUGAAAAUCUACUCUCCCCAUUUCCACAGUAUAGUUUAACUGUGUUCUUUCUGACAGUGAAUUGCAGGUUUUUUUAAAAAGAGAAUUUAGUGGCUGUGUAGCCUUUAAUGUUUUUAUAUUUUUUUCUCUUUACUGUUACAGCCUAGUCAUGUGAAAAUGUGUACAUUAGCAGUGAUCAUCAGAGUGCACGUAUAUCCCCCACAAAUUUUUCUCUGUCCUUCAAAAUAGUAAACUCUAUAGAUUAGCCUAUAAUUCUUUCUAUAUUCUUUUAUUGUAGGGAUAAACUCUGGUUUUGAUCCUUCAGUUGCUUGCACAAGUGCACAACUUUAUGCAUGUGAGUAGAUCUGUUGUGUUCAAUUGGAUUAUUCAUGCAUAAAGCAUGUGUAUAAAAGGAUUGGAGGAUGAAUCUAUCAUAUUGCUCCCUUAAAUAUAGCUAGCUAGAUAGCUGUUGGUUUCUUUAAUUGUUGAGGAAAAGUAAUUUUAAAACACGUCAGUCUCUGUAUAGCAGAUAUAGUUUCAUUUAUGAAAUUUGUAUGCAAUUGCAAAACUGGCCUUUUUUAGUACCAUUAUUUUUAUUCUAAAUUUGGGUGGGUUUGACUUAUUAUUUUUAUAAUCCAUGUUUUUAUGUAAAUAUGGAAUUUUAAUAAAAUGUUUAUAUAUUUACCUGUAGUAUAGUUUUUGAACAAAACCAGGCCUUUUUUUCGGUCUUGUAAUCUAUAACAUAUCAGCAUUUUCAUGUCAUCCUAACUACAAGUGUCUAAGUGCAACCACUUUGGGAACCCUAGAGGACACUUCUCCAUGUUAGAGGAUCUCCAAGCAAUGUUGUAUGUAUAUAUAUCUGUAAGUAAAAUAUUUUUGACUAGACUUUUAAAUCAAUGUAGAGUAAAAUUAAUUUAAUAUCAAGCUGAACUAUCCAACAUCUGAGUUUCUUCAUAUUAUAACCGAAUAACUAGAAGAUUGCAAAGUAUUAAAUUGAGCAGCUUGCCUUAAUAAUUUAUAUUUCAAAUGUUUCAGAAGUCAAAGCUAUUAAUAUAUCUUUUUUCCUGGCUUCUGAUUACAUACACUUGCAAUAUAAACUUAUCUCUAUAACGUGUAAAGUGCUUUCUCAUACUGAAUAACUUUAAUUACUCUUUAUUGGAGAUUUUCACAGAUCAGAGAGACUCAGUAAGAGGGAAAGAAUAGGCCCCACUUAAACCUUUCAGAGACUGAAAAUCUUUAAGAAAAAUGUGUGGCAAAUUUUAGUUUAAAAUAUUGUGACUGAUAAAUAUAAACUUAGUACAGAGUGAGAAUUUGUAUGUUGAACAUUUGUACAUAAAUAUUGUUUUUAUGACUUGUAUAUUUGUAAAUAGACAUUUGUGCUAUUAUACAAAGCAAAUAAAACUAAUUAAA